UUUCCAGAUUGGCGGGAACGCGAAAAGAACCCUAAAUCGCCCUUUUCUCUCGAAAUCCCACUCACUCAUGGCUUUAUGAUUACUAAAUUCGCGUCUCUUCGUUUCUCCUCUCUUCUUAUAUUCAAUCGUUCCACUCUCUAUUUCGGAGAACGACCACCACAGUACUACUAUCUCUACAACCCCAGUCACAUUUUGAGAAGAACACCGGCGGCGAAGAAGAAAAUGCCUGUCGUAGCUGAGUACGCGAAGUCGAAUCGAUCGUCUUGUAAGUCAUGUUCGGAGAAGAUUGCUGUGAAAUCGCUUAGGUUAGGGUUGAUUAGCAAAGGACCUGGCGGGGUUGAUAUGACAAGGUGGCACCAUUUCGAUUGUUUCCCUAGUGAUUCCGAGCCGAUUGCUUCAGCUGAUGAUAUCCAAGGUUUAUCCGCCUUAGAGAAAGAUGACCAGGAUGCUUUGAUGAAGAUGGUGGAACAGUGUGGUGAAGAGUCUGCUAAAAACCAAGAUGAGAAGAAGGUGACGGUUAAAGUUGGGCCGAAGAGGUUUAAGGAGAAUAAUGCGAAAGUUAUUGCUGAUUAUGCGAAAUCAAGCAGAUCAUCAUGCAAGAGGUGCUCUCAGACAAUCGAUUCAAAGGAUCUGAGAUUGGGGCUGGUGACUAAAGACUCCUCCAGGGGAUUUGAUGUGACCAGCUGGCAUCACUUUGGUUGUUUUCCCCGCGAAUGGAAUCCAAUUCAUUCUGUGGAGGAUAUUGGUGGAUAUUCAUCACUUGAGCAUGAUGAUCAGAAGGCAUUAAAGGAAUGGGCCGAACAUUGCAGGAAGGGGAUCUCGAAAGAUGAAUUACCGAAGCUGGAUGAAGAGAAUGCGGAAUCUGUAGCUGAUAAUGAGUUAAUGGAGGAGACAAACAAAGGAAAACAUUCUCCGGUUGCAAAAUUGGUGGAACAAUGUGGCGAGCCUGCAAAAGAACAGCUUGAUGAGGAUGAAGAGAUUAAAAAGCCUGCAUCAGAUGUAAAAAUAAGUGGGGAGAAGAUUAAGGAGACGAAAGAGACUCCUGAUUCUUCAAAAGUUAAUGCUGAGUAUGCAAAAUCAAGCAGAUCAACGUGCAAGCAGUGCUCUCAGACUAUCGCUGCAAAGGAACUGAGGUUAGGGCUAGUGACCAGAAACUUCCGGGGCUUUGAUAUGACACAGUGGCAUCACUUGGGUUGUUUUCCUGUCGACUCAGAUCCAAUUGGUUCUGUAGAAGAAAUUGGUGGAUUUUCAGAACUGCAGAGUGGUGAUCAGGAUGCAUUAAAGGAAUUGUUCAAACAAUGCGGGAAGAAGACUUUGGUAGAUAAGAUGGAUGAAGAUAAUGACGAAUCUGAUAAUACUAGGCUAACUGAGGAGACAAACAAAAGAAAACAUUCUGAGGUUGUUAAAAUGGCGGAUGAAGAUGACUCGCAAACUAAAGCAAACCAACACACGUCUAGAAAGCAUAAGGUGAACAAUAAUGAGUCAACUUCUCAGGUCGAGGUUGAAGCAGAAAUCUCUCUUUCAGCUUCUGAUGUGAAGGAUAAGUACAGGGAUGCCAAUCUACUACCAAAGUGGAAAGCUUUCGAGACAGUUAUAUUCCUUGAGCGGGAUGAUGGUCUUAAAGAUUCAGAGAAAAUAGCUGCAUUUGACUUUGAUGGAUGCCUGGCAAAAACAUCUGUGAAAAUUACAGGGGCACAUGCUUGGUCCCUUAUGUACCCCUCCAUUCCUGAGAAACUGCAAAGUCUGUACAAUCAAGGCUAUAAGCUGGUCAUUUUCACAAAUGAAUCCAACAUUGAUCGAUGGAAGAACAAAAGGCAAGCUGCUGUAGAUUCGAAGAUCGGACGUCUCAACAGUUUUAUCAAGCGCGUGGAGGUUCCCAUUCAGGUGUUUAUAGCCUGCGGGUUCUCAAGUUCUGCGGGUAAAGAUGACCGUUACCGCAAACCUAAGGCUGGAAUGUGGCAACUUAUGAAGAAGCAUUUUAACUCUGGAAUUGCUAUUGAUAUGGACAAAUCCUUUUAUGUUGGGGAUGCAGCCGGAAGAAAAAUGGAUCACAGCGACGCUGACAUCAAAUUUGCGCAGGCAAAUGGACUAAAGUUUUACACCCCGGAGGAGUACUUUAUCUCUUCAAGUACAUAAGCAGGGACUUGGCAGUUUCACUCUUCUCGCAACUUCUUUUGUUUUUUGUGAUCAGACUAUCAGUAAUUUAAUAUGCUUUUUGUGAUCAAACUAUCAGUAAUUCAGUAUGCUUUUUGUAAUCAAAUUAUCAGUAAUUCGGUAUGCUUUUUGUGAUCAAACUAUCAGUAAUUCAGUAUGCUUUUUGUAAUCAAAUUAUCAGUAAUUCAGUAUGCUUUUUGUGAUCAAACUAUC